CCACUAGAAGACACAUAUCAGCAACAGAGUCCAACUGAUUUGUAUUCAUAUAUAUUCUCUGAGACCCCAUCUCGUAUAUAUCUAGAUCUCUCUAUCUAACAUGAAAGAUCAGGCAAUGAAGAGGGUUGAAGGAGAUGAUCACCAUCACCAGAGAUCCUCAUCUCUUAAGAGGUCUCCCUCUUCUUCUGUUGACAAUGGUGAUCAGAAACCCUACACGUCAUCAUUUGAUGAUGGUGAUGGUGAUGGUGUUACUCCUAUGAGAAGCACAACUCUAGGGAAGCAGCUAGUAGUCGACGGCUAUCCCCACCAUUUUCCGGCCGCGCCCAGUCAUCGUCAGAUGAGCGGCAGCCUGUUGAAACCAUCCUCGUCAUCAUCGGUUCCGGUGAGACCUUAUGUUCGGUCCAAAAUGCCUCGGCUUCGUUGGACGCCUGAUCUUCACCGCUGUUUUGUGCAUGCAGUAGAAAGGCUUGGAGGAGAACAAAGAGCCACUCCAAAGAUGGUUUUACCGAUCAUGAAUGUGAAAGACCUCACUAUAUCGCACGUUAAAAGCCAUCUUCAGAUUUCUUCAGAUAAACAACUAUGCGACGCGGAUCGUAAAUGGUCUGAUCAUAUCUCUUCUUUCAUCUAG